UAACUCUGUCCUGUGGAUUCUUGUAGACAAUCCCCAUCUGGCAGAACAAGCCCCAUGGCUCAGCACGCAGCGUGGUCAGGAUGAUUGGGUCCAACCUCCCCCUGAAACCCUGUCCCAGAGCAACCUUUGAGGUUCUGCCAAGUGUUUCAGAUCUCUAUUUAGGUGAUGUCCCUCCAGUCCCCACCUUGGCUGACAUUGUGUGGAUCGCAGCAGACGAUGAGGAAACCUAUGCCAGAGUCAGAAGUGACACUCGGCCGCUGAAGCACAAGUGGAAGCCAAGUCCCUUCACCGUGAUCCAGCGAAACGCCUCAGUCCCCAACCUGAGGAAGCAGGAGGAGAAGCUUCUGGCCCUGAAGAAACCUGGUUUGCCAGCACUGAGCCGAACCACAGAGCUCCAGGAUGAGCUGAGUCACCUCCGGAGUCAGAUAGCCAAAAUAGUGGCUGCAGAGUCAGCUUCUGCCCAAUUAACACCAGAUUUAUUAUCUCCAGGAAGUUCAAAUGCAUCUUCUCCUUUACAUUGUUUUGGACCCUCUUUCCAAUCCACAACUUCCUUUGUCAUUAGCGAUAUCACAGAGGAGGAGGCAGAACUGGAAAGCCCUGAGCUCCCGUCGGUCUCCAUGCUCUGUUCUGCUGCCUCUGAGAGCUGCAAGCCAGAACCAAAGGAUCCUGAUGAGGAAGACUCUGUGUCUCUUUCCAAGGCCAGCAGUUUUGCAGACAUGAUGGGAAUUCUCAAAGACAUUCAUAGGAUGAAGCAGAGCAAAGACUUGACUCGCCCAUCCAUGAAGGAGGAGGAUCCAGCAGUUCUGAUUGCAGAGGUACUCAGAAGAAAAUUUGCCCUCAAGGAUGAAGAUAUGGCCCUGAAGGAGAAAUGAUGUCAUUUAAACUCUGUAAGCAAAAGUGUUAUGCUCCCAAAAUUCUCUCCACAGUAGCUGCCUUCCUAAGGAUUGAGCCUUUUGCCUCUUUUAUUGGUUAGACAUGGUUUCUGCACUGGACAUUUAGGAAAGAACCUACAGAUUUGAUGUGUUUUCCAUGUGUUGUUCUAUUUAAGAGAAAAAAAAAAAACUUUUUAAGA